AUGACAGCAUCAUCUCCAGCUUCAUCCUCCCCUGCCAUACCCAAGCCUUCCGCGCUCACAUCCCUCAUCGCCGCCUCUGCCUCUCCCAAUCCGCUCUCCGCAAGCACCAUCCAAAUCCUCCACAACCUCCAACACCAGCAUCUCUGGACAUCGCUGAAAGUGCACGAUAUCCCAAUCCCCGCCUCGACACAGGAUGCAUCCUCGACCCUGUUCCUGAUCUCCGGAAUCCCCCCGCACCGCGUCUACACCCACCCCGACGAGCAGCUGUACAUGCUGCAGAAGGGCCUGCGCGAGGACGACGUCGAGCUGGAGCGCAUGUUCGUGCUCCCCACUGUGCAUGGGCAGUCGUGGAGUCUGCGCAAGCUGGCGGCGGUGUUUGACUCGCUUCCUGACUCUGACACGGCUCAAGAGGAGGCGGCGGCGGCGGCGGCAGCUCUAGGGGACGAUAGCGAGGAGCGUGCUGGGUCGCAGAACGGGGACAAGGCCGCACAAUUGGCUGAGUAUUACGACUAUAGGCAGAAGGCUCGUCAGACUGGGGAGUGGGGGACAAAGAGGCUGCUUUUGGCUAUGGUGGAUAAGAGCAUGGGUGGUGACGGCACCGUGGUCUACUAUGUCGUCCAGGAGGGCGCCGUCAAGCCCCGACAGAAUUAA